AGUCAUCCAAUAAGAAGUCUUGCCUUUACCAUUAGAAUCCACGAUUUGUUUAUUUGUGAAAAAAAUUAUCUUCUUUCCAACACCAUCACUUUCGGCACUUGUUUUGGCAUCAGUUUCUGUCGACUGAUUCCAUCUCUUAUUCAUCUCAUGAACAGUUGGGGAGAAAGUAAGAUCUCUAAGUUAUGCUUGACAGCAGUAGUUAAAAGAGAGAAGGAUCUUUGAUAGCCUCCUGGCUGGUCUCUUAUUACGCGAAGAAAUUCAGAGUAUGAUAGGAAAAGAAAAAUCAACAUAGCAAGUAUCUCUCAUAGUUCUUUCCUUGCAACUUGAUAAUGGAAUUUAUACUGUGCCCACUUUCAGCCGUCCAAAAGGAGUUCUGGACCUCUUCAUUUCCAGCUCUCCUCCAAUACCUCUAUUAAAGACACCACCACCUGGCACCUUCCCUUCAGCAGUGUGCCCAUAGCUUGUUUUCAUUCUUUUGCAGACCCAAUUUCGCUCUUCAAUUCCUCAAUACCCAGCUUGAGAAAUUAUAAUUCUGAACUUUCUUUAAUGGCAUCAAAGAGAAUAUUGAAGGAGCUCAAGGAUUUGCAGAGAGAUCCACCAACUUCAUGCAGUGCAGGUCCUGUGGCUGAGGAUAUGUUCCAUUGGCAAGCAACCAUAAUUGGUCCAAAUGACAGUCCGUAUGCUGGCGGUGUUUUUCUUGUGACAAUCCAUUUCCCACCUGAUUAUCCUUUCAAACCCCCAAAGGUCGCCUUCAGGACCAAGGUCUUCCAUCCAAACAUAAACAGUAAUGGAAAUAUAUGCUUGGACAUACUCAAGGAACAAUGGAGCCCUGCACUCACAAUCUCCAAGGUUUUGCUCUCCAUAUGUUCACUGCUUACUGACCCAAACCCUGAUGAUCCACUUGUUCCUGAGAUUGCCCACAUGUGCAAGAAUGAUAAAUUGAAAUAUGAGUCAUCUGCUCGGAGCUGGACACAAAAGUAUGCCAUGGGAUAGACCUUGAUGUCUAUUACAACUUAUAAAACCUUCGAUCCAUUCUUGCAGCUCUUUAAACCUUCCCUUCUAUCUGUCAUAUUGCCUUGGUGAGGUAUAGGAAUAACCCAACCCAGCCUUUGAUUUUGUAAUUUUUGAUUUUGUAAUUUGAUUAUCUUUUUACCAUGAAUAAAUGGGUAGGCAACCCACCCUUGAGCUUA